AUGCGGAACAUAUUCUUGAAAAAAAUUCAUAUCUGCUUCACAAAGCAGAAAUCGGAUCCUCAGUCUCCGAUCAGACCACCAUCACCUACUAAACAACACAUCGCCGUUUCACCAACCUUCAUUGAUACCGGAAACUACUCGGAAUCCGACGCCGACUGGCAGCCUGAUUUGGCCGCAGCAUUCGCUUCCCAGCGAUUUUUCUUCUCUUCUCCAGGCCGUUCCGACUCCAUCAUCGAGUCACUUAAGACGACACCACUACCACCACCAGCAUUGUUGGAUGGUACGGUUGCGAUCAAGAAAUACUCGCGGGAUCCAUACAAAGAUUUCACGUUUUCGAUGAGAGAAAUGAUCAAAGCAAGAAAUAUAAGUGACGUGAAGAAAGAUUGGGAGUUCCUCCAUGAACUUCUCAUUUGUUACCUUAGUUUAAACCCUAAAAAUACCCAUGACAUUAUCAUUAGGGUUUUUGCUGAUAUUAUUGUUCGCUUACUUUCAUCAUCUUUGUGUAACUCUAGAAUCUGA